AUGGGUUGUCUCUACAGCAAGCAAAACUCGUCGAAUAACACCACCGGAGCAAAAUCGGCAGGAUAUGAGAAUAUUGCUCAAUCAAACCAAACAAGUGCCGAAAGUAAAAAGCAAAGUCAUUCUCCUCAACAAUACACUUGGAGUUACUUGGGACAAAAGAGUAAGGAAAAGAAAGAAAUUGAUUUCUCAAAAUUGAAGGCAGAAGACUUUUUGUUGAGCGGAUUUCAGGAUAGAGUCAUUAUUAGAAGACCAGGCGAAAUUCUUGGACAAGCCAUGAACAUUGACAAGUGCACGAAUUGCGAUUUCUACUUAUUGGACAACUCAUCUCAAAUAUUUAUUGAUAGCUGCGAAAAUUGUAGAUUCUUUAUUGGCCCUUGUUCUGGAAGUAUUUUCAUUAGAACUAGCACCAAUGUUAAAAUGAUUGUUGCUUGUCAACAAUUCAGAACAAGAGAUUGCAAAAAUUUGGAGCUGAGUAUGUUUUGUUCAACAAGACCAGUCAUUGAGUCCUCGUCGGACAUAUCAUUCAGUUGCUUUGCCUCCAACUAUAUUGGGCUAGCUCAACAAUUCCAUGAAGCGGAUCUAUCUGUUUACAAUAAUCAUUGGAACGUUGUUCACGACUUUACUCCCCAAGUUAAUAACUUUAAGUUUGUUUCAAGCAAGUUUAAAAUUACAGAUUGGAUGAAACCUUUGCACACGUUGGACAUUGGUAUUACCGCUGAGGAAGAAAAUCAAAACGAAAAAACUUGCCCAGUGCCUCCAACCAGAAAGAGGGAAGAUGUUCCCUCCAACGUAAUCAUGUUCCUUCCUGGACGUUAUAACGACGCCGAGCAAUUUAUCCCUCAAAUUAUUACAGAAAUAUAUCAGACCAAAGAACACAAGUUUUCCAAACCUGAAAUUGAUAUUCUGUUUGAUAAAUCAGAAAAUUCAAGUUCCAUCAAACAAGAAGCUAGCAAAGGACCUGUUAUUGUGGUAGGCACAAAUUUGAGCUCAAUGGAAUUGAGAACAAAGGCCUCUCAAAUUGUUUCACCAGAAUCGUUCUACGUUCCAUCUUCUGAGAAUGAGGCAGCCUACAUGGCUAACUAUUUAUUCAAUGUUCAUCGAGUAGAAGUUUAG